GCUAAAAACGUGUCUAUAAAAAACCGAGUAAAGAAGCAAUUUUUUGUGUUGCAUCACGAGAUUUGCAAUUAGCAAUAGCGCUAGUCAGCCGGAGUUCGCGGUUUCUUGUUUUAGUUGAGAGUUGUGACGCAAUAGAAUUUGUUUCCAGUUGAUGAAUGGCCCAUCAUGCCCACCUCUAUCUCACACGCUAAAACAAAUCUUCUCAGCCACCGCCGCACAAUGCGAGUCGCUGUUAUACCGCUGUGCCACCACCGCCAAAUCCCUGGCAACCACCAAGAAGCUGCAUGCCCACGCCAUCACUUCCGGCAUCCUCUCAAAUCAUUUUCUUUCUCUACUGACGUCUGCCUAUGGCCUUUGUGGCCAGAUGGAGUAUGCUUGUAGACUGUUUGAUGAAUUGCCAAAACGGACACCGGUCGCUUGCAAAGCCAUUAUAAGGAUGUAUACCGAAAAUGGGUACCCCAGAAGUGCGCUCGAGCUGUUUGUGGAAAUGCAUGGGUCGGGGUGCUACUGGGCGGAUGACUAUACGUAUCCGUUUGUUGUUCGAGCUUGUGGCGAUUCGUUAUUGCUUGAAUUGGGCAUGGUGAUUCAUGGGUUGAUAGUUAAGAGUGGGUUUAUAUCAGGCAUUUUUGUGGGGAAUUCUCUGCUGGCAAUGUACAUGACUUGCGGGGAUAGAGAUGGGGCUAGAAGAGUGUUUGAUGCAAUGAAGGACAAAACUGUUGUCUCUUGGAAUACGAUGAUCAGUGGGUACUUUCGGAAUGGCAGUGCCAAGGAGGCUCUGAUGGUUUUUAGGAGAAUGGUAAAUAGUGAGGUGGAGUUUGAUUCUGCUACUGUUCUCUCAGUCUUGCCUGCUUGUGGGUAUCUGAAAGACUUGGUGGUAGGAAGAGAGGUUCAUCUAUUGAUCAAAGAUAAAAGUUUCUGGAAAAGAUUGGCAGUGCAAAAUGCUUUACUUGAUAUGUAUGUGAAAUGUGGAAGAAUGGACGAAGCACGUGGUGUCUUUGACGGGAUGGUGGAGAAGGAUGUCGUGACGUGGACUACUGUGAUUCACGGAUACAUUUUGAAUGCAGAUGUUAAAGGUGCAUUGGAGCUUUGCAGAUUAAUGCAAUAUGAAGGUGUGAGACCUAAUGAGGUGACCUUGGCUUCACUUCUAGCAAUGUGUGCCGAUUUACAGGAUUUGAAAUUAGGGAAAUGCUUGCAUGGGUGGGCAAUUCGUCAAUACAUUGAAUCUGAUGUCAAUAUGGAGACUGCUUUGAUUGAUCUCUACGCCAAAUGCAGUUCUUUUAGACUUAGCUUAAAGGUGUUCUCUAGGACAUCUAAGAAGAGAACUGUCCCCUGGAAUGCAAUUCUUUCUGGGUGCAUUCACAAUAACUUGGCCAGAGAAGCAAUAGAACUCUUCAAGCAAAUGCUGCUGGAAGCAGUAAAACUCAAUGAUGCAACUUGGAAGAGCCUUCUUCCUGCAUAUGCCAUUGAAGCGGAUCUGCAUCAAGCAAUGAAUAUACAUAGUUACCUGAUAAGAUCAGGUUUUGUUUGUAAACCCGACAUCGCCACCGGUUUGAUUGAUAUAUACUCAAAGUGUGGAAGUCUACAAUAUGCUCAUAACCUCUCACGGCACGGUGCUCUUUACCUUUUCAAUCAGAUGGUUCAGUCUGGGGUUAAACCUAAUGAAGUAACUUUCACUUCAGCAUUGCAUGCUUGUGGCCAUGCAGGAUUGGUGGAUGAUGGAUUAAAUCUAUUUAAUUUCAUGCAAAAGAAUCACCCAGAAAAUCUACGGACAGAUCACUACACUUGCAUCGUUGAUCUUCUUGGUCGUGCUGAUCGGCUUGAAGUAGCUUAUCAUCUGAUCAAUACCAUGCCCUUUGAACCAAGCCAUGCUGUUUGGGGCGCGUUACUUGGUGCCUGUGCGAUACAUGAAAAUGUUGAACUGGGAGAGGUUGCUGCAAAGUGGUUGUUUAAGUUAGAACCAGAAAACACUGGUAAUUAUAUAUUGUUAGGAAAUAUUUAUUCUGCAGUUGGAAGGUUUGAUGAUGCAGAGAAAGUGCGGCAGAUGAUGGAUGACAUAGGAUUAGUAAAAGCUCCUGCGAACAGUAUGAUUGAGGUGAGGAAUCUGUGAUGUCUGAACAUUACGUUACUGCAAUGCAAUUUGGUGGUUCCUGCCCUUUCAGGUAAAGAACAAAUGUAGAAUGCAUGGAGCUGGACUUCAAAUGGUUCCCGGCGAACUGUUAAUGUUGGCAAAUUAAUUUUUUGUUUAAAUACAUGGUAAUAGAAUUGAAAACUUAAUUAAAUUAUUUAAUAUUCGAUUUGACAUCGACCAAUAAAAGCUUAU